AUGACAGCCAAUUCUUACGAAAUGACCGGCUCUGAGAACUGCGAUGCCACCCGCAGCCUACGUCCAACGGAUCCAGGCACCGCGUGCUCUAACGAGAAGGCCACUCAGAAAACCCAACCGCCAAAGAUAACCCACGUCGUCCUACUCCGGAUCCUCGCCGUCUUGGGCUUCGUCAUGUGGAUCGUGGACUGGGUGCUAGGGAUGUACUACACCGGCCUCUAUUCCAGAUCCUUCACCGGGCCGUGUCUCGCCUACAAUCUUCCCCUGGCCGCAGCGGUCGUCGUGGUCACAAGCCUGAUCGGUUCAAUCAGCGCCGCGACGCGUAUCAGGAUCUUCGUACACACCGUUCUGCUGUGGCUCUUCUUCGGGACGACGGAGGGGCUGCUCAUUCACAUUCCCGUCAAGGCGAGGGGCGUGUGGUGGGCCGCGGUGCUGGCGGUGAACUACGUCUGGGUCAAGCUCAGCAUCAUGAUCUUGUAUUGUAUUCUCUCGGCCGGGCCGCCGGAUUCCGGGAGCGUCGAUAUGCCGUACUGGGUGAAGGAGUUUCUUCCGUACGGUGUGGUGAGGCUUGUGGAGGAGUCUCGGGUUGCGCCGAGAUGUUGCAAUUGUCAGGAUGAGAAGAAAAUAUCUUUCGAACAGCGAUGA